AUGGACGUUCCUGCGACCGACACCGGGUCGCUGCGGCAGGCGCUUGCCGAGCUCCGUUCGCUCGCCUCCGCCGCUCAAUUUGCCAACGUCAAGGCAGCGCGCCUGGUCGCCCUCGCCAGCGCCGUCCUCGACGAGCUCGAGCGCGCCAACCUCCCUCAACAACAGCAACAGCAACAGCAGCAGCAGCAACAGCAGCUUCAGACACGCAACCAGCAGCAGAGAUCUGGCUCGCUGCUUUCCCGGUUUGGCACCCAGCAGGAUUUCGUCAAUGCGUUUGCGGGCUGCCGCGUUCUGCUUGCGCUCCUCUCCUCGGCGGCGCCACUUCCAAAGCAGCAGCACCAGCAGCAUCAGCAGCAACAAGCACCACCACCACCGCAGCCGUUGCCGCAGGACGCGUGGAAGGCAGUCGCGUUCCUCACCGCGCUCUUGCCGCAGGAGAUCCAGCAGCAGGCCAUUGCGCUCGCGGCCACGGGCUCCAUCUCCAUGAUUGCUGCAGCAACUAGCAGCACCAAGCCCGCCGCCGCGGACGCGCUCUAUGGCAACGCGACCGUCCUCACCCAGCAGCGAAGCCCAGCAGCAAACCAAAAGCCCAACAACAACAACAACACCAACAACAACAAUGGGUCCUCGCUGUCCCCGGCUGCAGCGGCGGCGGCUACCAUUGCUGCUGCAACCAACAUUGCGCAAAAGUCGCCGGACGAGCUGGCGAACGCCGGGCUGCGGGGUCAGCGCGCAAUGCUCUUCUGCGGGCUUCACUUUGACGACGACGACGCGGCGGACGUCACUGCACUCAAGUUCAUGCUCACCGACAUUGUCCAGUACAUGCUGCUGCAGCUCCAGCCAAAGACUGCACCCGCGCUGCACGCGAAUCUGCUGCGCUCGCUCGUCGCAAUGUUUGAUCGCCAUCUCAAGGGCUCGCCUCAGUCCUCGUCGUCCUCGUCGUCCUCGUCGAACGGCAGCAGCAGUCUCACGUCCGCCCCGCCGUCCGCUCCAAGCAGCUUCUACCAUGCUGGCAACAAGCAGGGCAAGAGCAGCCAGCAGCAGACCGUCCUGCGAUGCCCGCGCGUCCCCUUCUUUGAGCUCGAUUUCCCCGACCCAAAGCCGCUCGGCGCAGGCGGCUACGCCUCCGUCUGGCGCGCCAUCUGGCAAGGCGACGAAGUCGCCGUCAAGAUGCUCAAUUCGCCCGGCAUCCCUUCCGGCGACGCGGGCAUGAAGCUCGCCAUCAAGGAUCUCAUCCACCGCGCAAACCAUCUCAACCACCAGCUCGGCGCAGGUGGUGGCGCUGGUGCCGGCCACAAUGCGGGCUUUGUUGAGGCCGACGACGACUCGGAGGAGGCACGGCAGCGCCGCGAGGGCAUGAAGCUUGCUCUGCAAGAGUUUGAGCAUGAAGUCUCGGUGAUGGAGCGUCUCUCCCACAAGAACGUUGUCAUGCUGUACGCUGUCUGCGCAGAGAAGGGCAACCGCUGCUUGAUUAUGGAAAACUGCGCCGGAGGCAGCCUGUAUGAUUACAUGGUCACCCAACGCGACAACAUUCUCGACGUGCCGUGGAAGCUCCGAGCCCGCUUCAUCAAGGAGGCUGCUCUCGGCAUGGCCGCGCUGUACAAGCACUCUCCGCCAAUCAUCCACAACGAUCUCAAGACCUCCAACCUGCUCCUCGACCAGGACUUGCACGUCAAAGUGUCGGACUUUGGCCUGUCGCGCUUCCGUCAGCAGGCUCCCACGAGCCCCGGCCCCGGUGCGGGCAGCGCGUCAAACAAGGCCUCGGCAGCCAAUGACAAGCUGCAGCACCAGCGUGACCUCGGCAUGAUCAACGCUGCGCUCGGCCGCGUCCUGUACGCCGCCCCAGAGCUGCUGGUUUCCCAAAGCCGCUCGGCUGGCGAGUGGUUUGCCAGCAACGCCCCGGUCAACGAGGCCUGCGACGUUUAUGCAUUCGGCUGCAUCAUCUGGGAAGUCGUGCACCGUGAUUUGCUCUUCUGCGACUUGGCCACCAUGCAGGUCGUUCCCGACCAGGAAACGGCCAUCAUGGAGAUUACGCGCCUGAAAAAGUCUGGCGUGGCCAUCACGGUCGAGCCCCACAUUCAGAACUGCCCGCCAAAGUUCAAGGAGCUGAUUGAGCGCUGCUGCGAUGUCAACCCUUCCAAGCGCCCCAAGUUUUCCGAGCUUGUCGGCGAGCUCACGCAGCUCGAGACCAAGCUUGCAAGCGUCGAGUACUGCCAGGAAAUCAACAAGAAGGGCGAUUCCAUCCACCCCGAACCCUUGCCUCAACGCUUUGAUGCCUACCGUCAAGACCAGGCGGCACCCCUUUCCCGCCAUCAGCUCAGCCUGCGCGCCUCGGAACGCAAGAUUGCGUCCCGCGACUCUGGUGGUUACGAAAUCCUGGACGCGCUGCCUUCGGUGCAAAGCGCACAGGUCGCGUUCGAGCGAAACUUUGUUGGGCCCACACCGCAUCAGCAACAACAACAGCAGCAGCAGCAGCAAUCACCAGCGCUUCCUCCGCGGUCCAAUUUGAAUCCUGCAGCAGCUCAACAGCCCCAGCAGCAGCAGCAGCAACAAAAGGCGGCGCAGACCACUGGAGGACAAGGGCCCGCCACUGCACCCAGGAAGAAGGUGAUGCUGCUGCCCAACCGGCCCGCAGCGACGCUGCCCAACGAGAAGGAGGCUGCCAUUUACGAGCUGGCUGCCAGCUUGCCGGACAGCGCUGCCUUGCCUCCGGUGCCUGCCAAGCCUGCUGCGCUCGCAUCACGUUUGAGCUCUGCCGUGCCCAAUGGGCCACUGCCGGCUUCUCCUGGUCCUGGUGUCCGCGUCCCAGCCGUCCAGAAACUCGCGGAACCAGCUGCGCCGAGGUCUCCUUCCAUGCUGAUUGAGGCGCCCUUGGCUGCUCCCUCGCGCCCGACUGCCAACAAGCCUGGCCAACAACCGGUAUCGAUGGCAGCGGGUGCCUCGGCCGCGUUGGCACCUACGCCUCGCGGAGCCACACCCGCGCCAAACGUCUCUCCUCCGAUUCCAGAGACGUUGGUCCUGGGCGAGGCUGCCCCUCACACUGUUCCAAAGCUCUACCUCGACGCAAACCUUGCACACUUGCAGGACUUGGCAGAGGACAACGAUCCCGAGGCCCAGUACCAAAUGGCGCUUCGCCACUUGACUGGCUCGGGUGGCGCGACCAAAAACCUGACCGAGUCACUGAACUGGCUCAAGCGAGCAGCCCGCGACGGCAACCACCCCAUUGCCUUGUAUGAGCUGGCCAUGCGCAACCUGCACGGCAUCGACAUGCCUGCGAACGGAAACAAUGCAUUCCGCUACUUUUUCCGCGCUGCUCGCGCCGGAAACAUGUCGAGCUUGCGCUGGGUUGGCCAUUGCUACAAGACUGGCACAGGCAAGGAGAAUGUGGCUGAGGCGCUGCGCCUCUUUAGCGAGGGCGCCGAGCUCGGCGAUGCGGGCGCCCUGUAUGAGCUUGGUCAGUGCCACGAGCUGGGCCUGUGCGGCGUCACCAAGGACCCCGCCCGUGCUUUGGAGUACUACACUGCCGCGCGUGCACAAAACCACGGAGAUUCAAUCUCGCGCAUUGCGCAGUGCCACAUGGACGGAAGCUUUGGCUUCCCGCGCGAUCAACCCGCUGCGUUCCGAAUGUUCAUCGAGUCCGUCAAACACGAUUCCUUGGAGGGCUUGUGCUGGCUCGGCGCUUGCUACCGUGAUGGUGUUGGUGUGGAAAAGUCAAUGGCGCACGCCUUCAAGUGCUAUGAAAACGCUGCGCUGCGCGGACAUGCGCGCGCCCAGCGCAACCUCGGCUGGUGCCUGUACGAAGGACAUGGCACUGCAGUCAACAAGGAGCAGGCGCUCAAGUGGUACUUCCGCGCGGCUGCGCAGAAUGAACUCACAGCCCAGACAUUCCUGGCAUGGUACUAUUCGCCAGACUCGCAGCACCCCGCCGCCGAUGUCACCACUUGUCUCGAGUGGUAUCAAGCUGCCGCUCUCAACAACGACGUCGAGUCCAUGGUCAAACUCGGUGCUGUCUACCGUGACGGCACUUGGGGCGUCCCUGUCGAUCACCAAGCCGCCGUCAAGUGGUUUUUGCGAGCUGCCGAGGUUGGCAACAGCAGUCGUGCGCAGCGAAAUCUUGGCUGGUACUAUGCCAACGGCAAUGUGAUUAAGCGGGAUGUGGCACAAGCGAUCAAGUGGUGA